AUCGUUGAGUACUUUAGCAAUCCAAGGGAUUGGACUUAUCGUUGCGAAGGAGCUUGGACUAUAGUGGUAUCUUCUACUAAAGUGAGAAAAGUUCUGCGGCUAAGAAAGAAGGAAUGUAAACAAUCGUCUGGAUUGAAAGAUGAAGAUUGUGUAAGGGAAUCAUCGCACAACCUUGAUUUUAUGAGACACGUUGUGACACCGCUUAUGGGACAUCGUUAUGUGCAUAUUGGAGAGGUCGUUUCUAUUCCACGAGAUUUUAUAUUUGCAAUGACUGAAAUCUGCCAAGGUUAUCGUCCAAAACACAGGUUGAAUAAAGAAAUUGAUGGCAGUUGUUCUGUUGGUGUCGUUAUGCCGGACUUUUGUUUUGUUUCAAAUGACUCUCUGUCCUCUCCGCCUUCUAAAGAAUCAAUGGGUAUAACUGAAGCUGAAAAUCCAACUUUUUCAGUGGAGAUCAAACCAAAAUGCGGAUUUCUCCCUGUUUCACCUUACAUUGAUCCAAGCAGAGACAUAAAGUACUCUGUCUGCCAUUACUGCAUGUUACAGGCAUCAAAGGUCAAAGAAGGGAGAUAUAAAAGAAAAAGCAAGUAUUGCCCUUUGGAUUUGUUUUCAAGAGAUUCAAGAAGGGUCAUGUACUCCUUGGAAUGCUUGGUUUCAGACCCACAAAAUAACUUGCGUGUUUUCUGCAACGGCAAAGCAAUGUUUACUGAAGAGUUGGUAAAUGAAGCGAUUCAGCUUGGCAAGGUGUGCUGUGCUGAAAUGUACUUUGAAGAAAUUUUACAGGAAAUGGACAGUUCAGACAAAGAUGUGAUGGCAGUUGAAAAGUGUAGAGAUGGCGUGACAACAGGUAGCUACAAUUUUGGGGAUUGUGUGACUACAAACUGCAUCAAAUGUGAACAGGGUGCAUCUGCAGACAGUACCAAAUGUCAGGAUUGUGAGAAUAGAAAGUAUGGAAGCUGCCAGGACAAUGUGACCACCGAGGGCUGUGGGUCUGCGGCUGAAGGUCAGCAGGAUGCUCCAAUAAAAGAUGUGCGUGAGAGAAAAAAUACCCCAACUAAAGAGAGUCAUAAAUGUGGGACUGUGGGUUUCUUAACUCAAAGAUUCUUGGGCAUUGUACUUGAGAUCCUUAUAAGUGACUCAAGGAAAGGAACAACAUCACUGGGCCAAGUCAACAGAUUACCAACUUCUCAGCGAUGCAAAGGAAGCAAGUAUUCCAAGCCAAAAAGCGAUAUACAAAGCAUCUAUAAUUUCAAUAACUUUCAGUUUGGACCUGAAGGAGUCUUGAAAUGUCUCUUGUCAUUGCAGAAACUAGAUGAUAUGGAUGUAGAAGGAAUUUAUGAACUGUAUAAGAAAGUCAUGAGACAUUUUGAGUGUAACCCUGGUGUCAGGGACAGACUGGGUGUCAAUGGCCCUUACACUUCACCUCUGUGGAAAGCAGUAGCUUCCAUCAAUGGAACUACCCACGGCUUAUCACACAAUACUUCCAGUGUUUCCUUUGAGACAGGGAAAACUUCAGUUUUGUACUCUGAUUUUCAAGACAGUCAUAAUUUGCAUGAUGCAGUUCUUAGAAUCUUUAAAUUUGCUGUUGCAAGUACUGCAAAGGAUUCAUCCGUCAUGAUAGCAUUUCAGAAAAUACCUAACAAAAGUAUGUCCACUGCAUCAAUGGUUGAAACAAGAGCUGGUGAUAUAUUUCAUUACAGUAUUGAUCUUGUUGACCUAGAACCAAAAGAAUUUGACCGUGUCUUGAAAUACUACAAUGAUAGCAAAAAUGCUGUCGAGAACUAUCUGGAGUCCAUUUAG